AUAGUGAUGGUGAUGGUGAUGAGCAUGCCAAUAAUUUAAAUACCAGAUGGAGAGAACAGGCAUUGAAGGGCUAACCAAACCUGCAGAAGACUAACGGAUAUGCCAUAUGCAAAUCUAAUCUAAAGCUCCAAUUUUUACUGUUUUUGUCUUCCCUGGUUGAUUUCAGAAUCUAAAGGUAUGGGAUAUACCUUGUGAGUCUAUGAGUUGUGACCUAUGUAGAAGAUAAGAAGAAGAAGAGUUGGAGAACAAAUGAAGAGGAAAAGAGAAGGAUUUGAGAAGAAGGGCUCAGAGAUCAGGUAUGCCAUUGAAGAGCUUUCAUCAAUUGUCAGAGUUAAACCUGAGGUUCAUCAGGAUACAGCCCUCAUCCCCUUAAGGCCCUUUCUCUCCACCUGCAACAUGCUUCUUCAAGUUCUUGAUAAGAUUGGACCAACGAUGGCAGUAUUGAGACAAGACGUACAUCAAAAUAUUCAGAGAUUGGAGAAGUUUUGUGAAUCGGAUCCUUCAAUUUAUUCGAAUUUGGUUGAAGUUUUGAAGAAAGAGGAUAGGGAGGGGACUGCAAGAAAACCUACCAGUUCUUCCAGAGCCUUGGUUUGGCUCACUAGGUCCAUGGACUUUGCGGUGGGUUUGAUAGACAAGUUAGUAAAGGAACCAGACCAGACUAUUGAGCAAGCGGUGGAGUCUUCUUAUGAUAUUGCAUUGAAACCAUGGCACGGUUGGAUCGCUUCAGCUGCUUACAAAGUAGCUCUCAAGUUGAUCCCUGAUAGGAAAACCUUCAUUUGCUUACUAAUGGUUGAAGAUGAAGACUAUGGCAAGCUUAAGGAGGACUUGCUGAGCUUUGUUUCACUGUUAUUGCCUCUUUUAGAUGACAUCCACUCUAUUCUGAGAAGCUUUCGCUUGGACAAGUUAAAAUCUUCCUGAUUAAAGAAAGAAUACAUAAGCAAAUUAAAAGAAAGUUGGCUUUUCUUCUCUGACAUAGUUUGCAUGUACAUAUUAAGUGUUAAUUUUGCCUAAGUUUUGAAUAACUCUUCUUUUGGUGAAGGUUUUUGGUAAUUCUUCAAUCUUAUGUACAUAUAAACAUGUAUUUCUUUAUAAGUAAAUGAGUAUAUUUUGUAAAUUACAUGAGCUCUGAUAUCCAUUGGAGGAUUUGAACUUC